ACAAACGCGUCAAAUGACGCAGAAAAAAAAUUAAAAAUGGCUGCCGUCUUGUCGUAGAAGCAAUGCAGAAAAAAUCGUUUUUCCAGCAGUAAUCUCGUAAUUAAUGGACCAAAAGUUGUACAAAUUGAAUUCAGAAUGAGCGGUCGUUACUACGACUACGACAAAGGGUCGUCUCGAUCCACGCGUGAUGAUUCUAGGACGUAUAAGGAGCGAGAAUGGGAUGAAAAGGAACGACGACUGUCGAGGUCCCGGUCGAGAUCUCCUCAUCAGAAUUCGCCUUCCAAUUCAAGGAAGAAACGCUCCCCUGAAAGGUCCUCAAGUAGGUCCUCUAGCAGUAGAGACAAGGAAUAUGACGGUAAAAAGUAUACAAAAUGGGAUACUCGUGAGCCAGAAGAAGUACCGGAGCCGCCACCACCGCCCCGCAUCAGUAAAAUAUCCAUUGGGUUCACAAAACCUAAGGCUCCAAUUAAGAUGAGCAUUAACACUACCAAAGCUGUGGUGCCAAAGCCCUCGGUAGCUUCUGUUUUCAACACUGAUGAUGAUGAUGAUGAAGAACCUGAAGAGAUGCCUGCAGAAGCUAAGAUGCGGAUGCGAAAUAUUGGAAGAGAAACACCAACAUCAGCUGGCCCAAACUCCUUUGGCAAAACUAAACAAGGUUUCUGUGACGCCAAAAAAGUAUUUGAAAAGAACCUCAAGCAUGCCUUGGAGUUGGAAGGAGGGGAGAAACCACAACUGCCCAAGUUCCCCCAGACAAUUUAUAAAAUCAAGGGCCCAUGACUUUGUUUGUAGUCUUGGUUAAGUUUUAUUGUAGUUUCUUCAUAGGAUUUUAGUUCAGCAAUUAGUAUGGUAUGGAGUCUUAAUUAGUAACACUCAAAAGGGCCUCACAAGAUUACUGAAACUCUUUAAAGAACCAUGUCAGUGUUGAGAAACCACCUAGGAAGUCUCAUAAACUUAUAACCGGCAUGAAAGAUGUAUUGUUCGCAAUCAUCUAAUUAAACUAUUUAUUUCCACACUCACUAAAUGCGUAAUACUAGAAAACAACACUAUUUAAAGUUUUCAGCCUGCCCUGGAACUUUGUAAACACAUUUGCAUUUCAGGCCAUUUAGCAAAUUUAGUUAACUACAUAAUCCAUUACAAUGUUAUGCUACAAAAUUCUUUAAAAACUAAAGAAAGAACCAUUUUAUGUGCAAUUACAAAUACCAAAAUAUAAUUUUAUGAAUAAACAAUCCAUUAACCAUUGUAUAAUAAAAGCAUGGUAACUCCGUACAAAAAUAGCAGCGUGGCUUGUGUGUAUACACGCUGCCGCCGCGUGCCGUGUACGGUCGCACACCUGCGCAUUAUCUCGUGAUGCAUUCGCAUAGCAUCAUUAUUCUGCGAAUGUGUAUGUUAAUGCUGCUGCGUCAGAAUGCGGCGGCAGAACCAUUUCCUGUGGGGUGCGGACUAAGGAGUGAGGCAAGCGCAGGGAACACUUCGUAACAGUCCACCACGCCGUUCUUACUUACUUUAUUUAACACAAUUUUUAAUAUACCAAAAACUAUGUCAUUACAAAGUAUAUCCAUGAAGCAAAAGUUUUACUCGAAGACAUUAGAAACUCUCAGCUGAGUUGUUCGUCAAUAACAGCCCGGACACUACGUUCGUACACACGCGCGGUGUAUGGGGUGUACAUUUGUAUGGGGUUACCAUACUUGUAUUAUAGACCUAUGCAAUAAAAAACAUGAUAUAUUUUACUUUGCUACAAUAUGUCUGUUCUGUGCCAUCUACCUAUAAAUAAAGAAACAAGACUUUCAGCCAGUAUUAAAUAUUACAACAAUUUGUAUUGUAUACUAAGUCCUAAGUUAAUCAAUUACAGUAAAAGUAAAUAUUCUGAUUCACAGCAUUUAUUUACCCAUUGCCACAAAACAAAUCUAGCCCUAGCAGUGUCCCUUUCUGCUUGGCCGGCAUUGCCAUUUAAAUCAAACAGCCUUUUUCAUAUCUCUCUUCUUUUACGUAAUAGUGGUGCAAGGUUAGGCCAAAUUCUCAAUAGUACUUCCCUCAUUUGUAAUAGAAGCAAAUUUGAAUACCUAUAGACAGUUUAACUGCUAUAGUAGUACUUACAAGUCUCCAUACUGUACUUUCUUUUAAUUGUCUUGGUUAUAGUAAGUCUUAAAAUUAGGAUAAAAUACAUGAAAUAGUGAGAGUUUAAUAAUUAUGGUAUAAAAGCUUCGCAUACUUGAAAAGGACGGUUGAUAAAAAUUGGAUACAUGCCUUAGAUAUAGACGCCUGAAUAGUUGGACCUUGACAUCAUGAGGGUAUAAAGACAUUAUUCCCCAAUAUAAUAAUAUAUUUACGUGCAAGUCGAACUUUGACACAUUAUAACAACUAAAAUGUGUACUUGUGAUUUUAUUUGAAAACUGAAAACCCUCAUAUUUAAGGACCACUUUCUUUAAUAUAGCUAUAGUUGUCAAGAAUACUUUUAAAUUUAAUUACAUACAACAUACUUUACCACCUACCUAUGAUAUCUUACAAAUUAUCACGUUUUAAAAAAGUAAUUGCAAAAAAUUUACAUGUAUUAUAGAAAAUCAUUAAAUUAAUACUUUUAAUUUGUUAAAUGAUUAUCACUAAUUUCAGGUUUUAAUUUGUUGUAUUUGUACCUAAUACUAAUAUUUGGAAUAA